UGAGAACAGGAAAAGAAGUGUUGCGUCAUAGAGCUCAGACUUCAUUUGGAGUCGGAGCAGGAGGAGAGAAGCUGAAGUCAGUGUUCCUGUUUAUCUCUCAGACUGACUUCAGAUCAGAAGAUGAGUUGUUAUGAGGAGGAAGAGGAGGACAGAGCAGAGUCUCUGGUCUCCGGCUGUCAGUCUAUGAAGAGUGAUGCAUCCAAAGGAGAUCCGCCAUUUUUCAGUCCUGAACCUGGACCCUCAGACUCAAAAGUUCUGUCCAGAUCAGAGUCUCCAGGAUCCAUCUGUCAGUCUGUGAAGAGUGAUUGGUCCAAAGAUACACCUCCAUUCUUCAGUCCUGAACCUGGACCCUCAGACUCAAAAGUUCAGACCAGAUCAGAGUCUCCAGGAUCCAUCUGUCAGUCUAUGAAGAGUGAUCGGUCCAAAGAUCCUCCUCCAGACCUCAGUCCUGAACCUGGACCCUCAGACUCAAAAGUUAUGUCCAGAUUAGAGUCUCCAGGAUCCAUCUGUCAGUCUGUGAAGAGUGAUUGGUCCAAAGAUACACCUCCAUUCUUCAGUCCUGAACCUGGACCCUCAGACUCAAAAGUUCAGUCCAGAUUAGAGUCUCCAGGAUCCAUCUGUCAGUCUAUGAAGAGUGAUCGGUCCAAAGAUCCUCCUCCAGACCUCAGUCCUGAACCUGGACCCUCAGACUCAAAAGAGAGGAAGAGGAGUCCUGUUCCUGGGGAGGAGCUGAUGUCCAGAACCAGAACCAGACCGCAGACAGCCGGUGACAGCAGCACUGUACAAGAUCCUGGUCUACAGGAGGUUUUAAAUGAACACAAGAUCAGUCUGAAGAAGAGAUGUGAACGUGUGACUGAAGGAAUCGGUGAAACAGGAAGUGGAACCCUCCUCAACAGCAUCUACACGGAGCUCUACAUCACAGAGGGACAGAGUGAAGAGGUCAAUACCCAACAUGAGGUGAGGCAGCUCGAGUCGGCUUCCAAGAAGAACACCCUCCAGGACACUCCCAUCAAGUGCCACGACAUCUUCAAAGCCUCAGCUGACCAGCGGACCAUCAGAGUGGUUCUGACCAACGGCGUCGCUGGCGUUGGAAAAACCUUCUCGGUGCAGAAGUUCACUCUGGACUGGGCCGAGGGUUUGGAGAACCAGGAUGUGGGUCUGGUGGUUGUGCUUUCGUUCAGGGAGCUGAACCUGAUCAAAGAUGAGCAGUACAGUCUUCUCAAGAUGCUCCAUGUGUUCCAUCCAACAUUACAGAAGGUCCCAGCAGAAGAGCUCUCUGGCUGGAAGGUUCUGUUCAUCUUUGAUGGUCUGGAUGAAAGCAGACUGGCUUUGGAUUUCAUCAACAAUGAGGUUGUGUGUGAUGUCACCCAGGAGGCAUCGGUCAACGUGCUGCUGACGAACCUCAUCAAGGGGAACCUGCUUCCCUCGGCUCUUGUCUGGAUAACUUCCAGACCUGCAGCAGCCAAUCAGAUCGCUCCUGUUGACAGGCUAACAGAAGUACGGGGCUUCACCGACCCCCAGAAGGACGAGUACUUCAGGGGGAGAUUCAGUGAUGCAGAGCUGUGCGGCACCAUCAUCUCACACAUCAAGACAUCCAGGAGCCUCCACAUCAUGUGUCAGAUCCCAGUCUUCUGCUGGAUCACUGCCACAGUGCUGGACCACAUGUGGACUAUAGGCCAGAGAGGAGAGCUGCCCAAGACCCUGACCGACAUGUACUCACACUUCCUGCUGGUCCAGACAAAGAGGAAGAAGCAGAAGUACCAUGAAGGACACGAGACAAGUCCUCGGGAGCUGAUGGAGGCUGACGGGGAAGUUCUCCUGAAGCUGGGGAGGCUGGCGAUUGAACAUCUGGAGAAAGGAAACAUCAUGUUCUACCAAGAAGACCUGGAGCAGUGUGGUCUAGAAGUCACAGAGGCCUCAGUGUUCUCAGGAGUCUGUACAGAGAUCUUCAGAAGAGAGAGUGUGAUCUUCCAGAAAACUGUCUACUGCUUUGUUCACCUGAGUGUUCAAGAGUUCCUGGCUGCCGUCUACAUGUUCCACUGUUUCACACACAAGAAGAUGGAGGUACUGGAGGACUUCCUGGGAAAAGACUGGAAUUAUUCAUCUCUGGAGAACUUCCUGGUUAGAGCCAUGGAGAUAUCCCUCAAAAGUAAAAAUGGCCACCUGGACCUGUUAGUCCGCUUCCUUCAUGGCCUCUCUCUGGAGUCCAACCAGAGAGUCUUAGGAGGUCUGCUGGGUCAGACAGACCACAGUCCAGAAACCUUUCAGAAAGCCAUCAACAACCUGAAGAAGAUGAAAAGUAACAGAAUCUCUCCUGACAGAAGCAUCAACAUCUUCCACUGUCUGGUGGAGAUGAAGGACCUCUCAGUUCAUCAGGAGAUCCAGAAGUUCCUGAAGUCAGAGAACCGAUCAGAGGAGAGACUUUCAGAGAUCCACUGCUCAGCUCUGGCCCACAUGCUGCAGAUGUCAGAGGAGGUUCUGGAUAAGUUGGACCUGGACAAGUACAAAACAUCAAAAGAGGGACGACAGAGACUCAUUCCAGCUGUGAGGAACUGCAGAAAGGCUGACCUUUCUUUCUGUCGACUCUCAGAGACUCACUAUGAAGUUGUGGUCUCAGCUCUGAAGUCCAACCCCUCCAGUCUGAGAGAACUGUUUCUGAGAAACAACAAGCUGCAGGAUUCAGAUGUGAAGCUGCUGUCUGCUGGACUGGAGAGUCCACAUUGUAGACUGGAGACUCUGAGGAUUUGGAGUUGCGGCUUGUCACCGAUCAGCUGUUCUUCUCUGGCCUCAGCUCUGAAGUCCAACCCCUCCAGUCUGAGAGAACUGGAUCUGAGUCACAACGACCUGCUGGAUUCAGGAGUGAAGCUGCUGUCUGCUGGACUGGAGAGUCCACAUUGUAGACUGGAGACUCUGAGGUUGCAGAGCUGCAUUUUUUCGGAGAUCAGCUGUUCUUAUCUGGCCUCAGCUCUGAAGUCCAACCCCUCCAGUCUGAGAGAACUGGAUCUGAGUAACAACAAGCUGCAGGAUUCAGAUGUGAAGCUGCUGUCUGCUGGACUGGAGAGUCCAGACUGGAGACUGGAGACUCUGAGAUGGGAGUGAGUCCACCAUCAUCUCUGUGUGGCUCUGGACCUGAUCAGAGGACCAUCGGUGGAUCUGGACUCUACGUGGAUUUAGUUUAGUCCUUUGGUUCCUUCAUGUGUUCUGACUCUAAAGUGUCAGAUGAGUUGUGUUCAUGACAUCAUCACAGGAGAUGAACACAUGUAAAUGUUCCUGCUUUGCUUCCUGUUGCAGCGCCUCUCUGUGGAUUGAUGUAGUUCUGCACGUCAUUGACUCAUAUUUAUCAUUAACACUGGGAGUUGAUGUAAAGUGACCUUAGUACCAACACUACCAGCCUUUUAUCAUGGUACAGAUGCAUAGCAGCUUGCAACAAACCGAGAGAAGAUAAAACCUGAAUUCAAUCAAAGCUUCACUUUAGUGCUAACCACUGACCCAGUUUGACAUCUAACUCCACACAGAACAUGGCCACGGUCCUCUCCACUGUCAGAGACAACACCACUCAACUCUAUGGCAAAUGAUGCUCAUGUGGUGUUCGACCAAACACUAUAUUUGUUUGUCCAUAUUUGAUUAUUGUUGUUUUUACUGUUGCUUGUUAUUUGUUUGGACGUGUUAUGUCAAAUUGAAAAUGCGUGUGUCAUCGCAACAAUAAGCAGUACAUAUUUUCUUUUUUCUUACACUUAAAGUUGACUGAUUUGAUUCACCUUUCCCUCAAUGAGUGAUUCUUAAUUAGCUAUCUACAUAACUGGUACACAAAUUGCAACUAAAAAAAAUGAAGUUUAAAUAGACCUGCGUGUCAUAAUCUCCACUAUAAGCAGCUAAAAAUGUUUUACUUAAUCUUAAAGUUGUUCUGAUUGGAUCCGCCUUUCACUCAAUGAGUCAGCCGUUGCUGGGCAGAAAUGGACAAGACAACGACUCCGAUUAGACUCUUCCGAUAGAAGAUUGGCUCUUUGCUUAAUGGUUUUCAUUUAAGUAAUGUGACGGUAAAAAUAUGUGUUGUUUUGUGAACUGGUUCAAGGGCAGAGCAAUAGGGAGGAUGGGGAGGAGGACAGAUGGCCAUAUGCCUUAUCGAAACCAAUACACUCCUCUUUGUUCUUCUCAAUUCUUAUCCAAGACAUUCACACGGUUUCUUCGUUUGUCAUCAUUAGUGGGGCCCUGGAGGGGGGUGCAUGUGCUUGUAUAAAUCACGAUGUAAUACAAUGUAUGAAUGAAGAGAUUUCGGCAGCUCACUGAGACACGUGGCUGUUGAACCCUUUUCCCAGCUUGCAAGCUUGAAUAAACGGAAAGACAACUUUGAUUCCUU